AGUAUACUCCUAUAUAUAGAAUGGAAAAUACAGCCGAAAAUGGAAACAAAAAAGAGCAAAAUUCUCGGUAUUGUGUAUUUGUAAUUCUUUUUAACCAAUGGACAAUGGCUUUAAUAAUGGGCAUCAACGCUACUGCACUCAACCCUGCAAUGGACACAAUCGGACAAUUUGUAAACAUUAGCUAUGUGAAUCGGUAUUCUGACUAUCCAACAGAAAGUAAGAUUAAAAACAUCACGGUGGUUGCUCAAUCAUCUUUAGCAUGGGGAUCACUCAUUGGAUCGCUGCUCGUUAGAAUAGUUAUUGCGAAAUGCAGUCGAAAGGGUGGCAUCGCUCUGUCCCAUGCUCUCAACCUAGUUUCAAUUGUGCUUAUGUCUCCUGUUGCAAAAUUUGCUGAAUCGUACGAAGCACUAAUAGCGGGUAGAAUAGUCAACGGCAUUUCAAGAGGUAUUGGCUACAGCGUCGUUGCUGUCAUGGUCGCUGAAACAACCUGUAGAAGAAGACUAGCAAAUUAUCAAGGUCCAUACACGUACUUGCUUUUUGUUGGAGCGGCAAUUGGAGUUGGACUUGGUCAUUCAAGGGUUUGUGGAAACAUUCAAUGGUGGCCUCUGCUAACCGCUGCUACAGCUCCCUUUUCUAUUACGUAUUUUCUUCUAUAUCCAUGGAUGCCCCAGACACCCGUAUAUUUCAUGAUGCAACGAAAUGAAGUAAAAUCUCUUGAAAUUUUACGAAAAUUACGUUACGGAAGUAUAGGUAUACUUGAACGCGAAAUAACAAUGCUUAAAGCAGAAAUUUCUCACGACACAAGAACACGGGGCGCCCGGUUGAGAGACAUAUUAAGAAGUCCCACCCAACGAAAACAAAUUCUUUCAGCAAUUUUAACUCUCAAUUGCACGCAGUUAGUUGGGACACAGGCAAUAUUUUUUUAUUCAAACAACCUAUUUCGCGAAGCUGGAGUUCCCGAAGAAUACAUUACUUAUGCUUCAAUUGGAAUAUUUGCCCAGUGUGUAAUUCCUGGAAUAAUGGCGAUACUCAUCGUUCGACAGAUCGGUACCAGAAAAUUGUUUUUAAUAGGAACUGGCAUUUCAGCAGUUGGACUCACUAUUUUUACAUUGGCGAGCAUACUCAAAAAUAGAUUCUCACCGAUGCCGUACGUUGCAUUAGGUUCCGCAAUGCUGUUUUUAUUUGGGAAUUACCUUGGAAUUCAAAUUACUACUUUCGCUCUUCCAUCCGAGCUAACUACACAAGCGACACGUCCACCAGCAAUGCUCGUUGGUGGUAUUAUCUAUUGGGUCACUGCCUGUAUGGUUGGUACAGUAUUGCCUUAUACCUUAUCGGCAUGGGGAGCGUAUGCUUAUAUACCGUUUAUAGUUGCGGCGUUGGUGGAAUUUAUAUAUGGAUUUGUCUUCCUUCCAGAAACUUUUAAAAAAACAGUGGAGGAAAUCCAGGCAAAUUUUAGACCAGGGGUCACCAACCUUUUCGAAGCCGAGAGCUACUUCUUGGGUACAGAUUAAGCUGCGGGCUACCAGUUCAAUGUA